CUGGGACGCCGCGCGCGCUGCAGCAGUCCCGUCACAGCCUCCAGUACACCUGUAGUGUCUCUCUGAGCAGCACGAGGCUGGGAUUAAAACAACUCACAUCAGAUCGAUCAAAUAUGAACGCAGCUGCUCGGAACCGCGGUGCAGGAGCGACAUAGGACAAAGGGGUCUCACUCGAAAUUACGAUGCAUCUCACAGCGGUCAUCUUAAUUGUGGUCGUGACAGGAAUCGCAAAAGGUUGGGAUUGCAACGCAGGGUGCAACACAGAAAAUGGGUUCUGUGAGAAGCCAGGGAAGUGCAGGUGCAAACCGGGCUGGCAAGGAGAGAACUGUGACCGGUGCGUACCCUUCCCCGGCUGCCUGCACGGGAAAUGCGAGAGGGCAUGGCAGUGCGCCUGCGAGGAGGGCUGGGUGGGCAGCCUGUGUGAUCAAGAUACUCGUCUGUGCUCAUCCCAGCCGUGUGCUGGAAAUGCCACCUGCAUAGAGACGGGAGAGGGAGGAUACCUGUGCAUCUGUCCCCAGGGAUACACCGGAGAAAGCUGCCAUCUGAAGAGAGGACUCUGCCACACAGACAGCUCUCCUUGUCAGAAUGGUGGCUCAUGUACGGAUGCUGAUGGGUCAGCGGGUUACUCCUCCUGUUUAUGUCCCCCUGGAUUUUCCGGAGACUUCUGUCAGAUCAGCAUUGACAGCUGCCAGCCUAACCCCUGCCUCAACGGGGGCAACUGUACAAACCACGGCCUGGCCUUCACAUGCGUCUGUCCGCACGGCUUCACUGGCUUCACUUGUAAUGACACCAGCAGCCUCUCGCCUUGCGCCGGCAGGCCCUGCGCCAACAGGGGCAUGUGUGUUGGUCAACCAGAUGGAACCUUCCGGUGCGUUUGCCAGAAAUGGUUUACAGGUCCCACAUGUUCCCUGCAGCACAGACCUAAGGCGAGGUCCAAGCCAGUCGGCUCAAGGCCUGUGGAUCACAGAGUGUUUGCUCUGACUCCGCAGCACUACUCCCUUCCUGCUCACACCUUCCACAAGCUCCUCAGACCGCCAGAGAGGGACCUGCUCAAGAUCACCCUGAAGGAGACGGUGCACUCCCAGGGCUUCCUUGUCACCCACGGUCAGCUCAUCUGCUUCGGCAUGCUGGCCCUGCUCACCUGCCUGGUCAUCUUGGGAACUACAGGUAUUGUUUAUUUUGGCCGCUGUGAGACGUGGAUGGCUAAUGCCAAGUACAGCCAGCUUGUUCGGCAGCAAAGGGAACACCUUCUGAGAGAAGCGGGCACAGCGAGCCAGGAAGAGCCCGAGCACUCAGUAAACAUCAUCCUGCCGGAGAAGAUUAGACUCACCAGCUUUGGGAGACACUACACCUCCAUAUGAUGAAAUGGUCUGGUUCUCUUCCCCUUUCACUCUACAUGGAGUUUAACAUGAAUGUCUUAUACCACCAAGGAAAUACUAUGGCUGUUGUACAGUUGUGUUAACAUACAGGACUAUAGUAUACUAAUGUACAGUCUACUGGACCGAGUGGACAACAGUGACGCUGGAUUGUAAAUUUACCGUUCAUCGUGCUGAGAAACUGCCCAAAAUGUACAAAAUUCUAAAAGAUGAUUGUAUAAAAUUGCACCUUGAUGGCUGGUAAAAUGAUGUCAUUGUGUUGUAUUUCUUGUGUAUUUCUUAUUUCUUAUGUUUGGAAUCCCAGUGUCUUGUUUUUUUCAUACCUUAGUUGUGCUAUCAUAAAAGUUUAUGAAAUGACAUGUGAUCACAUGCAAAAUACACUUCUUUUAGUAUUCUUUCAACUAGAGAUGCACUGAUUUA